AUGACUAAUAUAUCAGACGAUCAAUUAAGAAAGGUAGUUAUUUCAAAAUCGAAUGCCGAAGUUGAAUCAGCCAAUGUAGAUUCGGGAGAUGAGGAAGAGGGUGAAGCUAUUGAAUCAAUAGAAGUUCAAGAAAUCAAAGAAGCAGUGUUUCUCUUGUUCCAAAAUUUCCGGGAAUGUAAAACAACCACACAAGAUAAACAAGAUAAAAUAUUAAAUACUAAAUGUAAAGAAAUCAAUGAUAAGAGCACCGAAAUUUACUCUAACUUCGAUUAUUCUAUUAGAAUCAGCAAAAAACUUCGAUCACAUUCCAUCGAUAUUUUAAAUAGCUCUGAUACUGAUACACGAAAUUCGGUAGAUAAUAUCGAUACGAAAAAUAAUUUGAUUGACAAAAGAAAUAAUGAAAUAAUUGAGCAUAAGGAGAAAAAAGAAAUUCAUGAAUCUAUUUCUCCACGUUUAAAAAUCUUGGGUUCGAUUUUCAUAGUACUCGCAUUUUUAAUAUUAUUUUUUUUAUAUCCAAAUCCUAAUGAUAGUAUCAGAGAGGAUGUAUUAUUAUUCGCGAAAGGUUUCUUUUUAAUUUCCGUCGGUUUUGGUUUCUCGCUUUCCUCAUCUCACCAUGAAAGCAAAGUCACUGAAACAGAAGAAGACUUGGAGCAAAUAAAGAAAUUCUUGGAGGAGAGUAAUAAAGAUGACGUAGAAAAAGUGGAAGAAAAGUUAUCUAAUCUUAUUAAACAACUUGGUAUUAUGUACAAAUAUUGGAAAAAAAAUCAAAAGAAUUUAAAGGAAUUAAUCAGUGAACCGAAUCCACAGUUAAGUAAAGAGAAAUGGGAAUUUAUUAAACAACAAUGUGAAACAUAUGUUCAAGACGUAGAGCAGAUGAUGAAUAAAAAUAAUCGAUUGAGAGAAAUUGAUUCAAGUAAUGAAAGCGAAAGCAGUGGAAGCAGAAAUGAUGAAAAUAAUACUGAAGAUUGUUUAAGAACAAUUGCAAAGAAAGCAAAAGUAAGAAUAUCAUCAAGGUUCAGGCUUCCUGUUGAUAAACUAGAUAUGAAUAAAAGAAUGAUUCAUCGCCGACUAGCAAAUUCAUGUGAGGCAUUCAGUCCAAAUUGGACUGUAGAGAGUAAUGUGAUAUGUGUAGUUGGAGACGCUGAGCUUCCAUCCGACCAAUACUGGGUUAAAAUCGAAUAUGUCGGAAUUGCUCUUUCUGAUUCAAUUAAUCCUUUCUAUCGCAACUCAAAAUAUGGGAUAGCUUCGAUUCCUGCAACUCCUCAAAAAUAA